GGGCGGGGAGCGCGGCGGGGACGCGGGCCGCCGUGCGCCCCGUCCGCGGCCCGGGCCCCGCUGCGAGAGCUCGCGCUCAGGCUCGCCGGCCAUGCGGCUCCCGGCGCUGCUGGCGCUCCUGCUCCUGCGGCCGCUGACAGAGGCGCUGCGCGGGGGGCGCUGCCCCGAGCCGUGCAGCUGCCUGCCUCGCGGCGCCCUGCGCUGCCCCGGCCCGCGCGCCGGCCUCGCCAGACUAUCACUCACCUAUCUCCCUAUUAAAGUAAUCCCAUCUCAAGCUUUCAGAGGACUUAAUGAGAUCGUAAAAAUUGAAAUCUCUCAGAGUGAUUCCCUGCAAAACAUAGAAGCUAAUGCCUUUGACAGCCUCCUCAAUUUGUCUGAAAUACUAAUCCAGAACACCAAAAACCUAGAGUACAUUGAGCCUGGAGCAUUUACAAAUCUUCCCCGGUUAAAAUAUCUGAGCAUCUGUAACACAGGCAUCCGAAAGCUUCCAGAUGUUACAAAGAUCUUCUCCUCUGAAUUUAAUUUCAUUCUGGAAAUUUGUGAUAACUUACACAUAACCACCAUACCAGGAAAUGCUUUUCAAGGGAUGAAUAACGAAUCCAUAACACUCAAACUGUAUGGAAAUGGAUUUGAAGAAAUACAAAGUCAUGCAUUCAAUGGGACGACACUGAUUUCCCUGGAUAUUUCUUCCACCAAGCUGCAGGCCCUGCCUAGCUAUGGGUUGGAGUCCAUUCAGACACUAAUUGCUAUGUCAUCCUAUUCUCUAAAAAAACUGCCAUCAAGAGAAAAAUUUACCAAUCUCCUGGAUGCCACCUUGACCUACCCCAGCCACUGCUGUGCUUUUAGAAACUUGCCAACAAAAGAGCAGAAUUUUUCAUUUUCCAUUUUCGAAAACUUUUCCAAACAAUGUGAAAGCACAGCAAGGGGACCAAGUAAUGAAACACUUUAUUCCGCCAUCUUUGCUGAGAGUGAACUGAAUAGCUGGGACUAUGACUAUAGUUUCUGCUCACCCAAGAUACUCCGAUGUGCUCCUGAACCAGAUGCUUUUAACCCCUGUGAAGAUAUUAUGGGUUAUGACUUCCUUAGGGUCCUGAUUUGGCUGAUUAAUAUCCUAGCCAUCACGGGAAACACAACUGUCCUCUUUGUUCUCCUGACGAGUCGUUAUAAACUGACAGUGCCCCGUUUUCUCAUGUGCAAUCUUUCCUUUGCAGACUUGUGCAUGGGGCUCUAUCUGCUGCUCAUUGCCUCAGUUGACUCCCAAACCAAAGGCCAGUAUCAUAACCAUGCCAUAGAUUGGCAGACAGGGAGUGGGUGUAGCGUGGCUGGCUUUUUCACUGUAUUUGCAAGUGAACUUUCUGUCUACACCCUCACAGUCAUCACACUAGAAAGAUGGUACACCAUCACCUAUGCUAUUCAGCUCCACCAAAAGCUGCGAUUAAGACAUGCCAUUCCAAUUAUGCUUGGAGGAUGGCUCUUUUCUACUCUAAUUGCCAUCUUGCCCCUUGUGGGUAUCAGCAAUUACAUGAAGGUCAGCAUUUGCCUCCCCAUGGAUGUGGAAACCACUCUCUCACAAGUGUACAUAUUAAUGAUCCUGAUACUCAAUGUAGUGGCCUUCAUCAUUAUUUGUGCUUGCUACAUUAAAAUUUAUUUUGCAGUUCAAAAUCCAGAGCUGAUGGCUACCAACAAAGAUACAAAGAUUGCUAAGAAAAUGGCUGUCCUCAUCUUCACCGAUUUCACCUGCAUGGCACCAAUCUCUUUUUUUGCCAUCUCAGCUGCCUUCAAAGUGCCCCUUAUCACAGUAACCAACUCUAAAGUUUUACUGGUUCUUUUUUAUCCUGUCAAUUCUUGUGCCAAUCCAUUUCUGUAUGCGUUUUUCACAAAGGCAUUCCGAAGGGAUUUCUUUCUGUUACUGAGCAAAUUUGGUUGCUGUAAACAUCGGGCUGAACUUUAUAGAAGGAAGGAUUUUUCAGCUUAUACUUCCAACUGCAAAAAUGGCUUCACUGGAUCAAAUAAGCCUUCUCAGUCCACCUUGAAAAUGUCCCCAUUGCACUGUCAAUAUACAGCUGUCCUAGAUAAGACUAGCUGUAAAUAGUGUUAACUGUUACAUCAGUAACCACAUUAUUGUACUUAAUUAGGUAAAAAUAAAAAAACCUGUACCAAUAUUUUAACAAACAGUUCAUUUUAGGAAGUUAUUUAUUCUUAGGUACAUUGGGCAAACAGAUACCUCUACCUAGCUCAAAGUGUGGUCCAUGACCAUUGCCACUCUAAAAACUAUUUAUCAUUGGUACGUGAUGACAUAAAAUAACAGAAGCUGUGAGUGUUUACAAACUUUUAUAGCAAUUUUGACAGUGAUUUUAUGUCUGUUGAGUCUAAUAUUUUUUAAAAGUUGGUAUCUUGCACGUCUUUGAUGUUUUCCUCAUUUCAUCUUUGUAAUAAUUUUUAUCGCAUUUUAUCAAAAUAUUAAUCCAUAACAGAUUUGAAAUUUAAAAUAGCUGGUUCUUUUCCUCAGAUAGUUGAGAAACACUCUACAGAUGCACAGUCCAAUCACUGUCUUGCUCAUUUUCAUAUCCUUUCAUUCACUGACACCUACCAAUUAUUCCUUGAAUUGUCUUUCACAUGAGUUCUUUAUUUUGCAUCCCUACUGCCACACCCAUAUUUCAGGCCAUUUCCCCUUCCCGCUAGAGGAUUACCAUAUAGCUCUCUCAUUUUUAUUCAUACCCAAUCUUUUGCAUGUACAUAUACUAAUACCCACCACUGAUUAAUCUCCUAAAAUCCUAUCUCAUACCUGCCAAGAAACUUGACCAGCUUGUCAGUAACUAUAAAUUUAAGUUUUAGCUCCUCAUCUAACAUUCAGAGUUCCAAAAUUCAUCCUCAAAUCUGCUCACUUUAUCUCCUGCUGUUAUUCUACAUGAAACAAAUUGUUCCACUUUUCCCUACCCAUGCACUAUGCAUCUCUAUUCUGGUACCAUGCCACUCUUAUAAUCUGGAACACCUUCUUUCUCUGUCCCCCUUCUGCACAGUAAGAAGGUUUAUCUUCUUUAUAGAGCUAUCAAUCCACUCCCUCCCUAGUCCACUUUAGUCCAGAUAUUACUUUGACCUGAAAUGAAGUAGGGAGUAAUAAAUAUGUAAACCACAGUGGUUCCUGUCUUUGGACUUCAUUAGCACCUGACGUCUGUUAUCAUUCGUCUUUUAUUCUACACUGCUGGGUAUUAUUAUCUUUACAUGUACAUCUCUUAUUUAACCUAUGUUAUACAUUUCCUUAGUGAUAUACUCAUCUUUACUUUGUGUUUCUCCCACUAUAUUUAUCCUACAGUCUUACACGUGGGAGAUGAUUAAUAAUGUUUUAGCUGAUAACUGAAAUAUAAAAUAAUCUUUAAGUAUUUCCCCUUAUGAGAUGGUCUUAUAUGUGUUUUCUUAAUAUGUAUAAUCUUCACACACAAAUCAUAAAAACAUCAAAUAGGUGAAGGGGAAAAACAGAAUGCUUGAUAUCUUGAUCUAUGUGAUGGUUACAAUAGUGUAUACACAUGUCAAAAUUCAUUAAGCUGUAUGCUAAGAUUUGUUCAUUGUACUGUAUGUAUGCCCCCCAAAAAAAAUUUAAUGAAAAAUGCCAAAUACUCAAGAAAUUGCUAUUUCUAUCUUGGUUUUUGUAUUUUUGUUUUGUUUUGUUACCAUUUUGAUAUUAUCACUGGUAGGUUGCAAAAUGCCCAAAAGGGUGAAUCUAUCUGGAAUAACUCACCUAAAUUUACAAAAUAUUUUUUUUGUCCUCCAUUCAUAACAUUUGCCAUAAAGGACCUGGUUUUAGUUUUCUCAAAACUUAUUAAGUCCAUGUAUAAAUUAGAAAUCUUUAUGUCACAAAGACACAAAGAUUUCAAUAAAUGUGUCCAUAAUUGGAAAUAAUCUUUUCUUCAAAGUGUGCAAUAUUCUUCAU